UGGGCCACCACCGCCUACCAGCUCUGUAUGGCUCUGCUCACUGUGCGGGAUUUCUCGGAGCUCUGAGAAGAAGGCUUUCUUCACAGCCAAGUGAAUAACGGCAUAUUUUCACAGACAGAGGUGACCUAAGAGAAGGGGAAGGAGAUGGAAGAGCAGGACCUGGAAGGACAUGGAACUGGCAAGAGAGCAAGGAAAAGUUCCCAUCCCAUCCAAGCUGGGAGUGGUGUGGAAUGCUGAGAAAGGGCUGUGCCAGAGGCCCUGGCUAAGGACACCAUGACCUCAGAUGUGCAUCGCCAACACUUCCGGCAGCUCCGCUAUUGUGAGGCCGAUGGGCCCCGAGAGGUUUGCAGCCAGCUCCAUGGACUUUGCAGCCACUGGCUGGAGCCGGAGAGGCACACCAAGAAGCAGAUCGUGGAGCUGGUGAUCCUGGAGCAGUUCCUGACUCUCCUGCCCCAGGAAAUACAGGGCUGGGUCGGAGAAUGUGGGCCGGAGACCAGUUCCCAGGCGGUGGCCCUGGCUGAAGGUUUCCUCCUAAGUCAGGCAGAGGAGAAGAGGCAGGCAGAACAGAUGCGGGGACCACCUUUGGAGAUGGAAGCUGCAAUCCCUGAGGCAGAAGGAGCUUCCUUGGAGCAGGGGCAGAGGGCGCAGGCGGUGGAGCGUGCCCAAGAUGCCCUCUCCUGUGGAACAGGCAGUGAAGAGAUGCUGUUGAGCCUUCGUCUUUUCGGAGGUGUGGAAACAGCUGCUGAUCCUCCAGUCCAGGUUCCCUUUUCCUUGGAGGAGGUGUCCGUCUCUUUCACGGAGGCAGAGUGGGCCCUGCUGGAUCCAGGACAAAGAGCUCUGUACAGGGAAGUCAUGCUGGAGAACUACGGGAACGUGGCCUCUCUGGCUAGAAGGAUGGAAAAUACUUCGAUGGAGAAGAACAGUGGCCUUGCAUCCGAACAAAGAUGGGAGAGUUCCUCAAGAGAUGUCCAAGAACAUAUUUCCUUCCGAAGUGAGCUGGCUGAGAAGGAUGAUCAGAGGAAUGAGGAGUGUAAGAAACUUCAUCAGCAACUGCCAGACAGAGUUAGAAACGAAGACUUGAAAGAAAAAGACAGGAAUCGAGGCAGACCAAAGAAAAAGAAAGGCAGCUGUAUGGUUGAGAAGAGAGAUGGAAGACAGCAUAAUGUACAUUUUCCAAAGCACAGGAUAAUAAAAGCAAGUAAAUCCAUUCAAUGUGGAAACUACUUCAGAAAUAGAGCACAGUUCCUUGUGCAGCAAAGAAUACGCAGAGAUGAGAAACCUUUUGAAUGCUCAGAGUGUGGAAAGAGAUUCACUCAGUAUGGCACUCUUCAACUGCACCAAAGUAUCCACACAGGGGAGAAACCUUUUGCAUGCUCAGAGUGUGGAAAGAAAUUCAGUUGGAGGGGCAGUCUUCAGCAUCAUCAUCGAACCCACACAGGGGAGAAACCUUUUGAAUGCUCAGAGUGUGGAAGGAGAUUCAGUGAUAGCGGAACUCUUCAAAAGCAUCGUAGAACCCACACAGGGGAAAAACCUUUUGAAUGCUCAGAGUGCGGAAAGAGAUUCAGUCGGAGUGGUACUCUUCGACUUCAUCAGAGAACCCACACAGGGGAGAAACCCUUUGAAUGCUCAGAGUGUGGAAAGAGAUUCAGUAUAAAUACCAAUCUUCAACAUCAUCAGAGAAUCCACACAGGAGAGAAACCUUUUGAAUGCUCGGAGUGCGGAAAGAGAUUCAGUCGGACUGGCCAUCUUCAACUGCAUCAAAGAACCCACACAGGGGAGAAACCUUAUGAAUGCUCAGAGUGUGGGAAAAAAUUCAGUUGGAAUGAUGGUCUUCAACGCCAUCAAAAAACCCACACAAGGGAGAAACCUUAUGAAUGCUCAGUGUGUGGGAAAAGAUUCAGUCGAAGCGGCACUCUUCAACAGCAUCAUAGAACUCACACAGGGGAGAAACCUUUUGAAUGCUCAGAGUGUGGAAAGAGAUUCAGUGGCAGGGGCAGUCUACAACAUCAUCAGAGAAUCCACACAGGGGAGAAACCUUUUGAAUGUUCAGAUUGUGGAAAGAAAUUCAGUAAGAGUGCCAAUCUUCAGCAUCAUCAGAGAACUCAUACAGGGGAGAAAUCUUAUGAAUGCUCAGAAUGUGGAAAGAGAUUCAAUCGGAGUGGCCAUCUUCAACAUCAUCAGAGAACCCACACAGGGGAGAAACCUUACGAAUGCUCAGAGUGUGGAAGGAGAUUCAGUCUGAGUAGCAAUCUUCACAAGCACCAGAAAACCCACAGAAGUGAGAAACCUUUUGAAUGCUUAGUGUGUGGGAAGAGAUUCUGUCGGAGCGGCAAUCUUCGACUUCAUCAUAGAACACACACAGGACAGAAAACUUUUCAGUGCUUGGAGUGUGGAAUGAAUUUCAGUCAGAGUGGCGAUCUUAAAAACCAUCAGGAAACCCACACGGGGAGAAUCCUUUUGAAUGCUGUGGGUCUGAGCUCAGGGCAGCAAGACACAGACUUGGAAGCUGCCCCAGAAGAGGGUCCCAUGGCCCAGCGAAGUGAUCCCAACGAAGGAAGCCAAACCCCACCCUGGACUGAGCUUGCUGACUGGUGCCUUCUGCUGAGUUCUCACUGUCAGUAUAAUCUGAGUCUGUAUUAA